GUAUAUUUUGACAGCAUGCCAUUUUCAAACCCUAAAUUACUACAAAUAUCAUCUUAUAGUUAAGAAAUUAUUUCAAUUUCCCAAUCAUGUAAAAUAUUAAUUUAUGAUUUUGCCAUAAUUUAAUCCCAUUUUUUUAGUUUUACAAUAGGUGACGGGCGUGCUACUAUAUUUGGCAUAGUUGGCUUAGACACGGAGACCGCCUUUUGCUCCCCCGGGCCAGCCGAAAGAAAUGAGAGAUUUUCCAAGAAAAAAUAAGAACACGGCGAAAUUGAAAGAUUCCACCGACGUGCUGCUGCCACAGCUCAUCUUCACUCUUUCCUCACUCCCAGUCCCAGAUCUCAGUGAAUAGCGUCCUUCAAUAGCCGUCACCGCCGACCAUACUCACCGCCGGAUUCUCGAGUGACAUGAAGCACUACGGAUUACGGAGGAGGAGAGUGUCCUUAACUUCAGUACUCGCUGUCGUCGUGCUCUUCACAGCAACCGGCUUGCUUCUCCUCACGCUGAGAUCGGUCGAUCCUCCACCGUCUAGCUCCGGCGGAUUCCUCCCAGACCUCGACGGAAGAAGAGUAGAAACGAGAGUCUCCGGCGAUGAUUCCAACUCGCUGAUGAGCAGUCCGGCGAUUAAGCAGCUGGAGACGGGGAACGUUACCGGAGCGCAAUCGAAAUCGUGCGCUACGGUCGAGGAAAUGGGGGAGAGCUUCGAGGAUGAGCCGUGGAAGGAGAGUUUGAGAGUGAAACGGAUCAUUCGGCAGCACUUCCUCAUCAACGGAGCUUCAAGAAUCAGAGAUCUGCCACCAGAGGAAUUCUGCAGACAUGGUUUUGUGCUUGGGAAAUCUUCAGAAGCAGGGUUUGGAAAUGAGAUGUACAAGGUGUUAAAUAGUGCAGCAUUGAGCAUAUUGUUGAACCGUUCCUUGAUUAUUGGGCAAACCAGGGGUAAAUAUCCUUUUGGGGACUACAUAGCCUAUUCUAACCAUUCGUUUACACUGAAUGAAGUCAAACAUCUAUGGAGGCAACAUGGUUGUGUCAAGAAUUAUGGAAGGCACUUGGUUAUUAGGAUUGAUGACUUUCUGAAGCCUGCUAAAACAAACGUCCUCUGCAGCAAUUGGAGGAAGUGGGAACAGCCUAUCAUAUGGUUUCAGAAUACAACUGAUGCUAUGGGCAGCCAGUUUUUCCUGAAAAAUAUGUACCCCGAGAUGAGAAGUGCUGCUUAUGACUUAUUUGGACAGCCGGAACAACUUCAAUCUCGGCCUAAUGUUUUCGGGGAGCUAAUGGCAUUCCUUAUAUCUCCAUCAGCUGAGGUUAAGGAGGCAGUUGACGUGGUGCUUGCUGGUGGGCCGGACCCCGAUAUUUCAUUGCACAUGAGGAUGCUCAUGAACAGGCCAGUGAGAGCUGUGCAGGCUGCACUGAACUGUGUUCAAAAAGCCAUGCAUAAUCUACAGAACAAACAAAGACCCAGGCUGGUUUUGGUCUCUGAUACACCAUCGUUUGUGAAAAGCCUUCUUCCUAACAUCAGUGAAUUUGCAGAGGUUCUUCAUUUCGAUUAUAAAAAGUUCCAAGGAACCAUACCUCGCGAUGACAAGACAGUACAGAAGAAUCUAGAUUUUAGAGUGAAGGAUUGGGGACCUGCACCGAGAUGGGUUGCAUUCGUCGACUUCUUUCUCGCUGCACGUGCCAAGCAUGCCGUCAUCUCAGGUGCACACAGGCGCGUUGGGACAACCUACGCCCAACUAGUUGCAUCACUCGCUGCAGCCAACCAACUGGGGGAAAACCAUACGAACCCAAGCUUUUCAUUCCUGAGCAGCUUCCAGAGCAAUCUGCUGACGAACGGCUUGAGGAUGCAGGUAGGUUGGGGCCACGUCUGGAACCGAUUUGCCGGUCCAUUGAGCUGCGAGAACCAGACCCAUCAAUGCGCUUUCACGCCUCUCUCUCCUCCAGCUUGGUGGGAUGGUCUCUGGCAGUCUCCUAUGUCGCGAGACGUCCGCAGACUAUCCAUGUAUGGAGUCUCCGUCUCUGGCCUAGGCACGGUAGACGAGAGUGCACUCAAGUCUCACUGUGCUUCCAAGAAAACCACUGUGAGAACAGUUAUGCUGAUUUAGUAAAAGUAAAACCUCUCCCCCGUCCCAGUUUUGGUAGAUGACUGAUAGUUGAAGUAAUUUGCUAGAAAAUUAUGUGCCAUUAGUUCAAGUGUUGCUUUAGUUUUGAUUAUCUAAAAUUGGAAGACACGGCUUAUUGGUUAUUGUUUCUAGCUAUCCAAUUAUCCUCAUCAGAGUUUGUUAUUAUUUCUGAUUAUUGUAAAUUGUAUCGUUAAUCAACAGCCUGUUAUCAGGCUUAAGAGAUUGCUGCUCAAGCAAUCUCCCAGUAGAAGUCUUUUAGAAGGAGCAAAAGACAUUAGAAUAUAUAAAGCGUCUAUCUUGCUUAAGGGGUCCAGUAGGCUAUGCACAGGUGUAGCAUAAGCCUCCUGUGGCCCACCGACUUUUUCCGUCCGAUUCUUCUCUUCAAUCUCCCUUGGUCUACUGGCGUAAAUUGACUGGCGGCUACGCAAGUGGUUUCCCUUGCUGAGCAUAUCAUUGGAAUCAUAGACGGUGGUGGGUAGGCAAAGAAGUGGUCGGAGUUGGAUUUCUCCGUGUGGGUGGCGGGCGGCAGGUUGCUAAUCGCCCGUCCAGCCGUUGAUUUUCCCAUAAUCUCAAGUCGUGGAACUCUGUCCCCCAGCUUCCUAUGAUGACCUGAAUACUGGUCGGCCGACGAUAUUCCUGGCGGCUGGUCAAGUUUCGGCCGCCUCCCAUCUUCCUCUCGGCGUUUUCUUCCCGAUGAAUUGUCGACCCUUCCAUGACAUCCGCACCUCGGUCGGACCAGAAGAUGAUACUUGCCAGGCUUGAUCCAAUUGAGGAGAGAUAGGUUUUGAGAUGAGAAUUCCAAUUGCAUGAAACCUCUCUGACAUAUUAAUUCAAAAUCCCAACCGCACAUAAAGUCCACAUUACCGGUAGCGGUCCUCUAAUUUCCAUCAUAGGAGAAGUUAAAGAACACUCUCGUAUAAGAACAGAGAAGAUGGUAAUUGCAGGACAGGCAAGUUGUUCCAAAUAAAACACAGGACGUGUUUUUGGUUUUAAUUGAGACGGCUUGCCACAACUGAUUCUUCCAUCACUCCCACAUGCACUUGGGAACUGAUUCUUUUUUCAUGAAAGUGAAAGCUUUAUUGAAAUAAAAACCAGCGGUAUAAGAAGAAGUGUUGGGGUAAAGAAAACAGAGACCAGCGAAGGGGGUCAAAGAAACAAACACAUGACCCCUGGAGAAGAAAGGGAGCCAAGGAACUUAUUCUUAUCACAGUCAAGGAAAUCAAUGGGAAAGCUACACAUGCUCAGAGAAAUGCAUGUUGGAGUUAAAAUUUGGAAUUAUAGGUAAAAGUAAAAUAAAACAGCAAGAGAGGUUCAGUUAUGCAUAUAUAGUUAGGGCGAUGACUAAUGAGUGACAUUUGCUGUCCCAUCUUCUCCACGUGUAAAGAUCAAAGAAAAGGAAAGCAUGGGUCUUCGUAGAUUAGUGGAAGGGAACUCAUGGGGCUGCAAUGUCGAUUAGUUAAGUAGCAAACAAUAUAUUUGAAAAUUAAUUACGACCACUUUUACUAUGCUAUAUAGUAUUGGUACUUUAAUGUAUAAUUUAAAGUUGUACCAUAACAUUAAAUGUAUAAGUUUAGGUUGUACCAUAAAGUAAUUUGUACCCUUAUGUUAUGGCACAACUUUACAACUUGAAGUUGUACCAUCACAUAAAGGUACAAGUUCAAAUUGUACCAUAAAAGAAUUUGUACAAAAAAUAUAGGUACAAUCUGAAG